CCCCAGACCAGUGUUUGCCCUGCUCUGUGUGUUCAGCCAGCAGGCUCCGGAGGAGGAAGCAAAGGGCAGGGAGCCGGGCUCAGCCGCCUGCCUGGCUCUGGGUUGCACCUGCUGGAGACAAGGCACCCCGAGCAGGAGCAGCUCCAGGGGACUCCAGGGGACUGCAGACACUCCCGCCAGGGGCUCGACAGGAACAAUGGGUAACCAAAUGAGUGUCCCGCAAAGAGCUGAAGACCAAGAGAACGAACUGGAGGCAGAAGCUAACAAGGGAGCGCCUGAGUGUGAGUGUGGUCAAAACGGGACGCCGGUGAUGAUAUCGACCUGUGACAUUCCAUUCCAUGGCGAAGUCGACUUGGGAAUAAGUGUCAAGGAGGAUAAUGUGGCCACUUCUUCCCCCAAGACAAUGGAGAUCAGCGCUGUUGCAGAUGCCAACGGAAAGAAUCUUGGGAAAGAGGCCAAACUCGAGGCACCAGCUGCUAAAUCUCGUUUUUUCUUGACACUCUCGCGGCCUGUACCAGGACGUACUGGAGACCAAGCCACGGAUUCAUCCACUGGAUCAGUGAAGCUUGAUGUCAGCUCCAGUAACGCUCCAGGAAACAAAGAACCAAGUGAGAGCGUGGCACUUCCGGUGGCAGCUGCACUGGGGCACGACCCACAUAAAACCCCAGGCCAGAGCCCGGCCGGGGACGGAGGCUUCUCUGCCGCUGGGGGACCGGCGCCUGCCCCACCUGAGUCGGGAGGAGCGGCCCCCUCCAAGCCUAGGGACUCCAGCUUCUUGGACAAACUCUUCAAACUGGACAAGGGACGGGAAAAGGCACCAGCCGACAGCCACCAGGAAGCCAAGGGUGCAGAGUGUCAAGACCAAGCCCAAGAGGUUUCCGGAUUGUCCAGGCCAUCUGAUGAUGUCCCUGCAGAGACGGACAUAGUGGACAGCAAGGGGAUAGAAAGACAACAGGUCCCCACCGUGAGCUGCUCUGUCCCCGGGAACCCGGAAGAACUGGAGACUGCAAAGGAGGACCCCCAGACCACAAAUACAACCGAGAAUAGUAAUUCCAUCAUGAGCUUCCUUAAAACUCUGGUUUCACCUAGCAAAACUGAAACAAAAAAAGAUCUGGAAGACACGGGUGCUGAAAAGUCACCUGCCACUUCAUCUGAUGUCAAGUCAGACAAAGCAAACUUUAUCUCCCAGGAGACCAGAGGGGCAGCUAAGAACCCUCCAUCCACCGAUACUGCAAAAGAAACUGCCAAGGAAAAGGGGGGACCCAGCUCUCUGCCUCUGGGCAAACUAUUCUGGAAAAAGUCAGUUAAAGAGGACUCAGUCCCCGCAGGUGCAGAGGAGAAUGUGGUGUGUGAAUCACCAGUAGAGGUUGUAAAGUCGGAGGAAGUAGACUCAACCUUACAAACGGUGGAUCUCAACGAAGGAGGAGAUGCCACCCCCGAACCCACAGAAGUAAGACUCAAAAGAGAAGAAUGCAAACCACCAAGAACCCUCCUGAUGACGUUUCUCAGACAAAUGUCAGUGAAAGGGGAUGGAGGGAUCACCCACUCAGAAGAAGUAAAUGGGAAGGACUCCAGCUAUCAAACCUCGGACUCACCGGGGAAGGCUGUCACACCCCCGGAGCCGGAGCCGGAGCCGGCGGGAGCAGGCCAGAAGGGCAAAGAGGGUUCCUCCAAGGACAAGAAGGUGGCGGCUGAGGGGAACAAGCAGAAGAGCCACAAGCAGGAAGCCAAAGAACCGGCCCAGUGUGCGGCACCGGCCGCGGGCGAGGCGAACUCGCUGCAGAAUGGGGACAAGCCCCAUAAGAGGCAGGAGAAGCGGCGACAGUCCCUCGGGGGCUUCUUCAAGGGCCUGGGACCAAAGCGGAUGUCGGACGCCCAAGUGCAAACAGACCCCGUAUCCAUCGGACCGGUUGGCAAAUCCAAGUAA